CUGACAUCACAAUGACAUCAUCAUCUCAUGAAAAAACAUGUCAUGAUCCUUCCUGUGAUGACCUCAAAUGACAUCAACAAUCCUGUUUUUUUUUUACCUGAAGCUGGACCUUCAGCCUUACUCGGAGAACGUGCUUUCUUCACUUCAAUCUCAGACAUCAAACAGAUUUGAUCUGAACAAGACCUUCACCAUGGAAGAUACGUGGGAAAUUCCCUUUUUUAACCUGAUUUCCAAGCUUGCAUCGCAGCUGGAAAAAAUCCCGACCGAUUCAGAAGCCAGGGACCGUCAGGCACCUGUCACUGAAGAGAAACCGGGUGAAACGCUUCCAAGUAUCCCCCCAGAAUUUCUUCUGAUGGGUUUGCUUGAAGAAGUGUCCGCCUUACAGGAAGUCAUUAGAGAUUUCCUGCAGGAAAGAAAGACCUUUGAGUCAGAGAAAAAGGCUUUUCUGGAGAGGAAUAAGUCAUGGCUGGCUGAAGGUCCACAAGAGGACGAGAGUUCCACGAGUUCCACACUCCCAGACCAGACGCUGUACGAAAGAGUCUUCUCUUUCUUCAAAAGCAGCGACAAUGUGUCUGAUAAGCUGGAAAAGCAAAGAGAGAAAGAGUUGAGGAUGUCUGUAAAGGAAAAGAGGGAGAUUCUGGAGAAGGAAAACAAACUUCUGAACAAAGAAGUGAAAGACCUGAAAAAAACCAGGAUCAGAAACGCAAAAGAACUAAAUACUCUGAGGAAGGAAUACGAAAACUUCCAGCUGGAGAAGAAAGAGAUGUCCUUGAUGAGAAAGGCCUAUUUAUUGGACAAAUCAUCGACCCAGAAAAUGAGAGCAGCUCUGGAGAAGGAGAAAAAGGCCAUCCAGUUAGAAAAAACAUCUCUGUCUGAAGAAAGGAUGGCCCUCCAUGCAGAGAGGCAAAAAAAUGCAGAGUUGCUGACAAAAGUGGAGGAGGAGACAAAAAGCCUGGAAGAGAAAAUGAUUCCGUUGGACCUUCAGCUACAAGCUGUGCAGGACAAACAAAAAAAGAUUGUAGAAAACCGUCAGAAGAUGAGCAGGGAAGCAGAGACCCUGAUCAUCAUGAGCGAAGACUUAGAGAUGAAGAGAAGCGAGUAUUUGAAGGAAGAAGUCUCUGUGGAGGUGAUGAAGUUAUCUCUGGAGAAGAAGAAAGAGAAUCUGC